CGCUUGGAUGGAAUGGCACUCUGGACCAACUCUAGACCAGAGAGACAAAGUUCAUUCCGGGGAGAGAGAGGGUGCUUUGCACCAUGUGCUACAACAAGUGUAUUCGGACCUAGGCAUACAGAUAAGAAGCGGUGAAAAGCGUUUCAUCUCGCAUUUACCGACACUCUGAAGUUUGCARUACUGAGUGAUGAAAACCACGAUAUUUGGACGUUGCCGCGCCAGGACUGCCCUUUUAGAAACAGCAGCAAUGAAACAAACAAAAGCGGUGAGGAACAAAGAAUGUUUGAAAUUCAGCUCGUGGACACUUAAUGCACAAUUCCUUCAGUUUUGUUUAUCUCAUGUACAUGUUGUGUUUCUUUGGUUGGAUAUCAUGCCUUCUCUUUCUCUCACCUGCUUGGAUUAAUUGAUGAUCAGACCACACCUAYUAGGUUGGAUUUUUGGACGCCAUGGUCUAUUCAUAAUAAAAUAUUUGCKUUGUUUGUUAUCCAGAAUUUUGGGAACACCAAUAUUGCAGCGUUAAACAUGAUAACCUUUAUUUUAUUGUAACAGUAGUAGACUCGGCUCUUUUUAGAUUUCGUUUUGUAUUCAUCAGUUUAAUAACCUCUGCAUGCGUUUGUAAUUUUGGCUYCAAUAAGAAUGACAGAGGCCGCGGCGGAUGUAAAAAUGUGUCAAAGAUACCGGCGCUCCUGAGGUUUACAUUUUGGAGAUAACGGAACCAUUUCUAACACAGCCUAUACAUGGAAAGCAUUGCUCAUCGUAUGUCAAAAUGAUGCGCACCGGCCCCGGCCUUGUCUAUGAGUGGCUACAGAAUCUUAAACUGCCUCAAUACUUGGAGGGGUUUGUGGACAAUGGAUACGAUGAUCUCGAAGUUUGUAAACAAAUUGGUGACCCCGAUCUGGACGCCAUAGGGGUCCACGUCCAGCACCACCGACAAAAAUUGCUCAACGCAGUGAAGAGGUUGAGAGAGCAGGAGAAGGAAAAAUCUCCGGGUCUUUACUUCACCCUCGAGCCCCUGAACCYCUCUUCCUGUAGACCCUCGUUGGGCACCAACAUAAUGCACAUCACAGACUGCGAGAAUGACCUCCAGGGGUCAAGGUCAUGGACAGAAUCCAACCAGGAGGAAGUUGGAAUUGGGGCUCACCAAAGAUUUCACCAAGAGUCAUCAUGUCCUAAAAACAACAAUUUGAGUUUCACUGAUUGUAAAGAGUUGGUGACUUACCCCAAACUGAAACUGAAGCUCUUGAUCAGGGAUAAACUUGUGAAAGAUGGAAUCGACCUCAGUGAGCCGCCAUACACCCACAAGGAUGGCUCGUUGGGAACCUUUGAGGACUUGGCUCAGGAGUACUCUGACUAUUACAGCGCCUCUCUCAGUGACGUCCAAGACAGAAUGGAGGAGAUUAGGAAACGUAAGGUUGUACAAGAUGCACAAUCAGAGAUGGAGUCACUAGGGCUGAGUUGCAGUMACGCAGCGUCCACUCCCGAGACUGAGAGAAGGUUGGCCAUGCAUAAAUCAUCUGAUGAUGGAUCAGGGGGCGGCGAGGACAUAGGCUUUGUGGCCAGUGACAUCACUAUGAGUGAUGAAGAGCGUAUCCAGCUGAUGAUGAUGGUGAAAGAGAAGAUGAUCAGCGUGGAGGAGGCCCUCGCAAGGUGCACUACUAUUACGGUCGCCAUUUCCAAAGCAGCCAAGAUUACUCACGCCAUGGUAGCUGAGUGGGCUGAGUACUCUCCUGAUCUCACCAUCCGUGACCGACGGCCAUCCGAGUCAUCCCUCUACCACCAACCUCUAUCUCUGACAUGGAGAAACCUGUACCGCCGCCCCGUCGCUCUCCCUUCACCGCUGGGCCAGUGUCCGGGUGGCUCCCUGGGCUACAUGGGCUACAGGCCGGGCUGGAGCUCCUGGGGCUGGAUCCUCCUAUACCGACAGUUGUGUGAGCAGUCAGAUGGUGAACAGGAGGAGUCUGGGACGUUCAGACGGCUCCAUAAGCUGGUCACCUCCAGUCGCAGGGUGCGCAAGAAGCUCAUCAGGAUCGACGAGUCCAAGAGCCCUGGGUCUGAGGAAUCUCUGAGCAUGGACGGGCCUAUCCUGGGUGAUGCCAUGUCCUCUCUGCCCCUGUACUCUGGGGUUCAGAAGAAGCAGCCUGUGUCUGGUGGGUAUCACCACGUUGACUCCCUGGCCUCCUCCCUGCACAACCAGCUGACCUAUGACCUUCAAGACUCCGACAACCUGACCACCUCCCCUUCCUCCUCCUCCUCCUUGGACACCUGCAGCAGUGCCACACACACCCACAGUCUGGAUACAGUCUCCAGCACCAGCCAGCGGCUGUUCAGAGCCUUCAGUAAGACAGGAGGAUCCAGCCCCAGGAGCUCCAGCCCGGCCUGUAGCCCAGCCUGUAGCCCAGGGAGCCACCCGGACACUGGCCCCAGCGGUGAAGGGAGAGCGACGGGGGCCGGCGGUACAGGUUUCUCCAUGUCAGAGAUAGAGGUUGGUGGUAGAGGGGAUGGACCUAGGAUGGCCCGGUCGGUCACGGAUGGUGAGAUCAGGAGAGUACUCAGCCCACUCAGCUACCAUGGCAGAACCUGUAGCUUUGGUGGAUUUGAUCUGACCAACCGGUCCCUGCACAUGGUCAACAGUGACCCUGACCUCACUAUUAAAGAUGGGGAUGCCAGUGUGAAAGAUGUAGUCAAGUCUCCACCGACAAACCCUCAAAUCUCUUUGGGCAAGAAAGUGAAGUCGGUAAAAGAGACCAUGAGAAAGCACAUCUCCAAGAGAUACCACUGCUCUCUCCCCGAGCAGUCAAGCCCAGACGGUAUUUCCAGAGGGCCCCAGUCCCCCACAGCCACAGACACAGACUAUCUGGAGAAACCCAAGCUGAAGGCUGGAGGGUCAGUGGAGAGCCUGAGGAGCUCCCUCAGCGGACAGAGCUCCAUAAGUGGUCAUACGGUGGGCACCACCGACUCCUCCAACAGCAACAGAGGGAGUGUGAAGUCUGAGGAUGGAGAGGAGGAUGAGCCUCCCUACAGAGGACCCUUCUGUGGUCGAGCCAUAGUGCACACGGACUCCACCCCCAGCCCCUACGACACUGACUCUCUCAAACUGAAGAGAGGUGAUGUCAUUAACAUCAUCGGCAAGCCUCCAAUGGGGACGUGGAUGGGCCUGCUGAACAAUAAGGUGGGGACGUUUAAGUUCAUCUACGUGGACGUUCUGGCUGAGGAAGACAAACCUAAACACCCUCGACGUAGGAGGAAGGGAGGGCAGCCCAAACCCACCUCUGUAGAGGAACUCCUGGAGCGCAUCAACCUCAAAGAGCACCUGCCUACCUUCCUGUUUAACGGCUAUGAGGACCUGGACACCUUGAAGCUUCUAGAAGAGGAGGAUCUAGAUGAGCUCAACAUCAGAGACCCUCAACACAGAGCUGUGCUGCUCACUGCUGUGGAGCUAAUUCAGGAGUACGACGGUAGCAGCGACCAGGACCAUGGCGGCCAGUCAGGGGGUUCUCAGGAGAAGCUGUUACUGGACCGUAGCGGCCUACUGGGGGACUCCCCACGAGACUCUGGCUGUUAUGAGAGCAAUGAGAACCUGGAGAAUGGAGGGAGGGGCAAAAAGACAUCUUCCAUGAGCAGGUCCUCGUCAGGUUUUGAGUCCAGUCACCUCCCUUCACCAGAGAACCCCAGCCUCCCCUUCAACCUCCCCCUGACUCACCCCAGCAAAACCACCCUACAGACCAGAUCAGAGAACCAGGCCUCUACCUUACCAUCUCUAAUAGUCCCCAUGACCAGCUACAACCUGAGACCAGAGCGGGGCCAGAGCCAUCACAGAGACACCCAUAUAGCCAUGAAGAUGCUGAGGAGCUGGAGCUGGAGCUGUGAGGAGCUGUGGCUGGGAGGUAGGCCUAGUCCCACAGCCCUGGGGCUACUGCGGCCUUGCCUCUCCCUGGGGGAGCUCCACUCAGACCUGAGCCUCCACACCACUGAACACACCCUGGAAGACCUAGAGCCAGCUCAUACCACCAUGUCCAAGGGGCGCAGGGAGAACCUACACAAGAGGCUCUACCGCACCUAAGACACUCAGAAGGACCCUACCCACCCACACAACCACUGCUCAACACACCUUGUAGUGUUCUGUCUUGUAUGUUAGUUGAACAUGGAAAUUCCCAGGUUAACAGACCUUCCACGCACAUACCUCAAUAUCCCCUCCAUCACGGGGAUGUAGGCCCAAGCAUCGUUUAGCCUUCCCUGUCAAACCCAAACCCAUGUGUACCAUCACCCCUCAGCAAUGACAAGUGACUAGAAUAGUGCCUCUGAACACUUUUCUUUAGACAGCACCUCUUUAGAGGAUGUAUAUAGUUAUUACAAAGGAGCAACUCAGCCCUGCACCUCAGACUGACCGUGCAGACACUCCUCCCUAGUCUGAAGCCGACAGGACUCAGUCUGCUGUGGGAAGGAAAACGACACCUGUCAGGUCGGGAUCCAUCCUGGAGAUAUCUGACAACAGAGCCCUUCUCUGAAGAUAAAUGGGCUCUCACCACAUAUACAGUACUAUGGUAGUGCUAAGAAGAUGUGUCGAAGACCACAGGCCCCAGCUGGAGGUUUACAGACUGAUAACUGACAAAAAAUAUAUCUUACUGCAGCUUACUGGGUUUCCUGUCAUAUUUCAACUUUAACCCUGUUUGAUUCUAAACUAGUAUGAACAUUGCCAAGCUGUAAGUUAUGUAAAUACUGUAUAUGAAAUACUGUGACUGAGGACUACAGUAAUAAACCGCAUUUGUUUUAUUAAGAUAUUUGAGUGUGAUUAAAGCAAUACAAAAAACAA